AUGGUAAGGAUCGGCCAUGUUAGAUCUACUUCCUUUAUCGUGAGUUUGCCGGGAACGGUAAUUCUGGACGAGUGAUUUUUUUUUGUAUUUUCUCCCGAUUUUCUGAUCAGUCGGGGUAAAGAAGCUACAAAAUGGCUGGUAGACUACCUGCAUGUGUUAUAGACCCAGGGACGGGGUACACAAAGAUGGGCUUUGCUGGGAAUACUGAGCCGCAGUUUAUUAUUCCCUCAGCUAUCGCCAUCAAGGAGUCGGCCAAAGUGGGUGAGAAAUCACAGCGUAGAUUAGGCAAAGGUGUGGACGACUUAGAUUUCUUCAUCGGUGACGAAGCGAUCGACAAGCCAAAUUAUGCAUGCAAGUACCCUGUGCGUCAUGGUAUCGUGGAUGACUGGGAUCUGAUGGAGAGGUUUCUUGAGCAGACUAUCUUCAAGUAUCUCAGGGCAGAACCUGAGGAUCACUACUUCCUUCUGACGGAACCUCCUCUCAAUACACCAGAGAACCGUGAAUACACAGCAGAAAUCAUGUUUGAAACCUUCAACGUUCCAGGAUUGUAUAUAGCCGUGCAGGCUGUGUUAGCUCUGGCUGCCUCCUGGACAUCACGGCAAGUUGGUGAACGUACCCUGACAGGUACCGUCAUUGACAGUGGAGAUGGAGUCACUCACGUCAUCCCUGUGGCUGAGGGUUAUGUUAUCGGCAGUUGUAUCAAGCACAUUCCCAUUGCUGGUCGAGACAUCACAUACUUCGUACAGCAGCUGCUCCGUGAACGAGAGACUGGUAUCCCGCCAGAGCAGUCUCUGGAGACCGCCAAGGCAAUCAAGGAACGAUGGGGUUACAUCUGCCCAGACAUAGCCAAGGAGUUCACCAAGUACGACACUGACCCCGGCAAGUGGAUGAAGAAAUACGAUGGAAUCAACGCUAUCACCAAGAAGCCUUUCUCUGCGGAUGUUGGGUAUGAGCGUUUCCUUGGACCUGAGGUCUUCUUCCAUCCAGAGUUCUCCAACCCUGACUUCACGACUCCCAUCUCAGAGACUGUGGACAUUGUCAUCCAGAAUUGCCCCAUUGAUGUCAGGAGGCCUUUGUACAAGAAUAUUGUACUGUCCGGAGGAUCUACAAUGUUCCGUGACUUUGGACGCAGACUACAGAGGGAUGUCAAACGAAUCGUGGACGCCCGUCUGAAAAUCAGUGAGGAGCUCAGUGGCGGAAGAAUCAAGCCAAAGCCCAUUGAGACUCAGGUUAUCAGCCAUCACAUGCAGCGCUACGCCGUCUGGUUUGGAGGUAGUAUGCUGGCAUCAACGCCUGAAUUCUACCAAGUGUGUCACACGAAGGCGGAUUAUGAUGAACAUGGCCCCAGCAUUUGCCGACACAACCCUGUCUUUGGUGUGAUGUCAUAGACCGCCACCAACCAGCGACAGAAGAAUCUUGUCUCUUAAUGGGUGGGUGGUACCAGAAGGAAACCUUUUUUUUUAUACAGAUGGUCUAAAAGUGCAAUGAAUGUAUGCAGCAUUGCCACCGUAGGUCAGGUGUACUCUCCGACAUUGAAAAGGAAAAAAUAGUGGUUUUUUUGUAAUCCAACAAACUUGGUUCAGGGCUUAGACUUGCAGUCAACUACUUGAAAAAAGUUUGAUUUUGUUGGUGGCGGGGAAAGUUGAUAUCUGAGGUGUUGAAAUUUUUCUUU